UCUAUCACCGGGACUGGCACUGCCACCAGUAGCCUUAAAUCUUGAUCUAGCACACUACAAGCGAGGGUAAUUCAGUAAUGGCGUCUGGUUAUAAGAAGGGAGCACCCGUUAAGGCAUCCAGUCGUACUGGUCGUCACGGGGAGAGCGAUUCCAAGGCAUGCAGUCAUGGCGCUCAAGUGCAGAAUGUGAAAGCGGCAAGGGUCUACGUCUUUGGAGAUGAUGAUAUUGCUGAGGAGGAGGAGACUGUGGAAUUCGAAAUGCGUUCUCGUGGAAAGGGCAGUUCAACGCCUGGAAGUACAACUUUCAUAGAAGAGACACCACAAGUUCAGUACUUUGAGAAGGAGAUUCAAGAUGGCGAAACUUUGCAAGCAAUCGCUUUGAAAUAUGCUUGCCAGGUGUCGGAGCUAAAAAGACUCAACAAUUUGAUACAAGAUCAAGACUUCUUUGCAUUGAGAGUUUUGAAAGUGCCAAUGACCAGAUAUGGCAUUCUGUCAGAGCAAGUGGCUCGUGGAGAGCUUGGUAUUGAUCACAAGCAGCUUUCACAGCAUGCCAAUGGGGCCAUGUUUGCUGCUCAUUCAGGUGCGGACAUGUCGAGCAGCUACAGGGAUGAAAGUGACUCUCAGCAUGAUUUCAGUGAUCCGGAUAUGCAGUUGAAAGUCAUGAGAACUCUGAGCAUUCGGGAAAACUUUUCUGAGGAAGGAAGAGAGGCUGAAAAGUUUCUCCGAAAAAUGGAUGCUGACCUGAAAAAACUGAAACAGUCUUCCACCAGAUCCUCAGAUCAAGAGUCAUUGAACGAAGUGAUCUCCAUGUUGACCAAUAAAAGCAUUCACCCUCUUCAGACGAGCAACUCUCGCCGUAUAACGAAUGGUGCAGACUGCGGGCUUACCUUCAGGAAUAUUGUGGUAGUGUGUGUAGCUGUGGCCAUUAUUGUGCCCCUGGUUGUAGGCCUUGUGACAUUGUACUAUGGGCAUGACUCAGAGUCUGGUUCUUGAUAAUGGUUCAAGCUCGUUUUGUCUUCCUUAUUUGAGAACAUUGUGGUUUGUGCCUUCCACUGGGAAUAGAUUAUGAAAGAAAGGUGGAGUGCUUUUGUGUGUUGUUACCAUGGUCAUGGCAGGUCCAAGAAUUCUAUGCUGUAUACUUAAUUGGAUACUUUCAGUUUUUACAUGGCUACCUGUGGGCUGAAACAUUUUAUUGUACAGGUUGAGGAUGUUGUUGUAAAUGAAAUGAGCUUUACUUGCAGAUGGAAUCAUUUCUAAAGUGUACGCAAGCAGCUUUUGUUGCCUUUGUCAGUUUCUGCUGAAAGGAUGGACUGCUGUCUGUGGCUGAGAUAUUAGUGCUUGGAAGAAUUUUGGAAAUGUUUUCUGAAUCAUGUACACUUAAAUUGGUUUUUCAAAGAUGGAGGUUUUAAAUUUCCAUUGGUAAGAUGGGCCAACAUGGUGUGGAAUUUGUGUUUAUUGGAUUUUUAAGCAUGAUGCUGAAAGAUAUGUAAUGUUCAUUCGUUUAAAUUUUUUUCUAUGAAAGAAAUUUCCUAGCCAACUGAUAGCCUUUAAGGCAAGGUCUGAUUCUCACUGGUGUGAAAUGACUCUUUGUGGUUGAUAGAUACUGCUCCAGGGACUCUGGUGUGUAGAUUUCAUUGUUGUUAUCUGCGACCUAUAGCAGCUGCUUGCAGUAUUUAGAGUGGUACAGAAAAGAAAAUGCUGUGGAUGUGUUUGAGAAAUUAAAGGGAAUAGCCCUCCCCCCACUGGUUACAUCACUUGAACUGUGUGUCUGCUUUGAGCAAAAAACACAGAAAUGUUGGACUGUAAUGUUUUGUUAAUCAAAUGUUAAUCAAAUUUUUUGUUUGGCUGGCACAAUCUCACACCAAUGUGCAUGUUAUAAUGCCCUUUAAAAAUUUAAAGAUAGACUUGGUCCAUCCAUGAACCAAGCUCAUAAUUGCAGUUUUUAUGGGGGUUUUUUUGGUGUGUGUGUGUGUUGGGGGGGGGGGGGGUGUGAUGGUCUAAUGAAUAUAUUUUUUUGAUUGUAAAUUUUUGAACAUAGUGUUACUAGUUUAAUGUCAGUGCAAUUUCCAAGCCUUUAUAUAUGUGUCACGAUGCGGUGGAAUCAGGAGCUCGUCAAUUUUGGGGCAUAUGAAGUUUUUGGGAUCAUCUUAAAGCCUGUCCUUUGCGUUGCUUUUGAUUUAAAAAAAAUCUAUUUAUCAUGGAUACUAGUCAAGAUAUAUGGGCUGUUGAAGGAGGUGGGGGUCGUCUGGUUUCAGAGGUAAAAUUAGUGGGAAAAUGGCUGCCAAAGUUGAGUUAUUUCCUUACGUUGAGAGUCCGUGGAAACUGAAAACUUACACCUUUAGUGCCUUUA